UUUGCCUCAGGCGCCGGACAUGUCGUCGCGAUCACCGUCGUCCUCGUCUCGGGCCGUACCCCCCGGCCGCGCCAUGGCCAUCGACGCACGCGAGGAGGCCACUGCCGGCGGUUGCCUCCCCGCGGACCAGUCCUGCUUUGCGCUCUCCGCGGGCUCACCCUAUCCCUCGCGUCGUGCCGCUGCCGCCGCGCGAGCCUGCUGCUCGACCACCUCCUACAUCGUCGUUCUGAGCAUCAGCUUCGGCUCCCUCCUCGCCAUACUGCUCAUCUUGUGCGUGAUCCGGUGGUACCUCGUUCACCGCUCGGCGCGCCAGCAGGAGGAGGAGGCCAUGGCUGCGGCCACCGAUGGGGCCCCGGGAACGGCGAAGAAGCAGUCGGCGGGGCUGGACGCGGACGCCAUCGCAGCGCUGCCCGAGUUUGUGUACCGGAAGGACGGCAGCGUCGACGAGGACGAGGAGGAGGACGCAGAAUGCGCGGUGUGCUUGGCCGUGAUGGUCGACGGGGAGGCGUCGCGGCGGCUACCUAGAUGCAUGCACGUGUUCCACCGGAGCUGCGUUGACGUCUGGUUGAGGGAGCACUCGACAUGCCCGGUCUGCCGAGCUGAGGUGGUCAUCAGGCCGGCCGGAGGAGAGUGCGCCGGGAAGGAACAUGUGGGCAGCACGUCACGGGCUCUCACGUCACCGCCGCCGCCGCCGCGGGAGCAGGUACUGGACGAUGGGGACAGGGACCUGGAGGCGCAGUAGGACGUAUUACUUCAGUAGGAAGUAUUGUCGUUGUUCUUUAUUUCCUUAUGAGCACUAGGCUCAAAAGAACUAGGCUCUAGCAUAUAGGUAGGGAUUUGUGGUCGCGAGUAGUAUUUGGGGGUGUUUAUCGCGAGUAGUAUUCAGGAGUAGCUUUUGUUCUUUUUGCGGGAAUAACUGCUGUAGCAUUGUGUACGAGAAUAAAACUAGAAUGGCAAUGC